AUGUCCCAGCACGACCUGUUCCUCAGCCUCUUGCGCCCGGCCGUCCUCCACAUCCUGCGCGCCACCGGCUUCCAUUAUGGCAAGCCCUCGGCCGUCGACACCGUCGUCGAUCUCACCGCGCGGUACCUGACGCUGCUGGCCGAGCGCACCGCCUACAACGCAUACUCGAACCACAACGACCUGCUCCCCGACAUCUCCGACGUGCGCAUGGCCAUGCAGGACUGUGGCCUGCUAGUCCCGACCAUGACCGCCGGCGAGGAGCUCUGGAAGGAGUUUCUGCGCAAGCCGCUUGAAGAGUACAACGGCGAGUCCGGCGCACGAGACAUGGAGGAGGCCAGGCGCGAUGCAGAGGACACGGCAGACGUGGCCGAGUUCAUCGGGUGGGUCCAGGGCGAGCAGAAUAGGGAGAUACGGCGCAUAGCAGGCACCUACAAGCCAGUUGCCACAAACCCCACCGAGCAGCUCGACCAGCUGGAAAUGGAGGAUUACUUGAACACACUCAUGAAAAAACACAGCAAGACCGGUGUUGAAUCCCGCUUCCAAGGCACGGUCCUCGGCAUUCCCUCUGAGCUCAAGCCCGUGAAGAUCGAGGGAGGAGGGCCCGACUCGAUCGAAGAGUGGAAUCGCAAAAUUCGCGAAAAAGCGAUCAAGGCAGCAGAGUCAAAGGCAGAGAGCAACGGCACGCCGGCCAUGUCGAGACAGCCGUCAGAGGACGUGGUGAUGGAAACGGAGUAA